AUGACUACUCUCAACAAAUUUAUUGGAAUCGUUUUUUUCAUGUCAAUCUGUCUCUUCGUUAUUUCUAACGCACAAUUUCCUAAUAAUGCUAAUAUUGCUAAUAAUGCGGACUCUUGUAUACUUCAUUCCGUUAAUUCUUCCCCCAUUUACGGACCUCAAAUUAAUCCGCCACCCGGUUCCAUGUCAUUAUUUCCAACUGUUCAUUGUACACCGUCUCCAUUUGGUUACUCGAUAUUGUGCUUUGAAUGUCAAAGUACUUGUUCACCAAAACCACAAUCUCCAAUUCAAUAA